AUGGCUUCUACCAACACCUAUUCACAGGAUGAGAAGAGUAAAGCGAAGAGAUACGCCAAGCGAGUGACAUACGACAAGGAUGCCGUACGCAGUAUUGUGGAGGCAGCACCUAUCCUACAUGUCUCCUUCAACACGCCUCGAUCACAAGACGCAGGGCCUCAGUUCCCUACCAUACUGCCUAUGCUCGGUGCCAUUGACCAGGAUCCCGCUGCAGACGAUGACCAAAUUAUAUAUCUACAUGGGUCAUCGGCUGCCCGCCUUUUUCGCCUCGGCGCCGGGGAUGAUGAAUACGGGUUACCCGUAUGCAUCGCAGCGACUCUGCUAGAUGGCUAUGUGCUUGCUCUGACGCCUUUCAACCACUCUUGCAACUACCGCUCUGCCGUUGUCUUUGGUUACGCCACCAAAGUCACAGACUCGGACGAGAUGAUGCAUGCCAUGGAACUCAUAACAAACCAUCUCAUCACAGAUCGAUGGGUAAACUCUCGAACGCCGCCCACCAAGUCGGAGCUCAUCGCAACUGGAAUACUCAAGGUAUGCAUCGAGACUGCGAGUGUCAAGGUACGGAAUGGCGGCCCUCAUGACGAUAAGAAGGACUUGAAAGAUGAAGCCACCACAGCUCGAGUUUGGACAGGUGUCGUCCCGGUCCGUCAAGUUCUGGGUGAUCCUUUAGCUAGUCCCGACAAUGCUGUGCAAGCAGUACCCUCAAGUGUAGACUCUUGGGUUAGAAACACGAACAGCAUGCGUGAGGGUCAAAUGAUUCGAUCGAUGCGAGAGUAG